CGCGCCUUAAGCCGAAUUAGAAAAUCCUGGGUUAACAAAGCUCGCGGAUAUCCAGCUUCAUAACACCGGAUAUCUUUCUCCGUUUCCGCCUGGCACACAGUUAUCUCUCUAUGUGAAGCGUGCCGUGACGAACUGCCGCAUGUAUUUAGCUCGGGUUUGUUCCGUGUGUUAUGAUUUGAUUACUAAAUCUAGCAUUGAAACAUCUCGGAUAACUGCGCGCACCCGCUUGAGCAUCAAGGGCAGAGCAAUCGAAAACCGAAACACGGAUCACGGUCCAUGAACACUGACAGAGAUUUCCAGAUGAUGAAGAAAAACGAGAGGGCACAUUUUUUCAGCUCUAAAGAGCAGGAACUAAUUUUAAAGUUGUAUGAAGAAGAGAGAGAGAUAUUAACAGCCAAGUCCAACACGACCAGCGCCUCUAAACUGAGAGAGGAAGCCUGGCAGAGGAUUGCUGAUAAAAUAAAUGCGGUUUCGGACAGCGGCUACAAAAGGACGUGGCAACAAGUGAAAGUCAAACAUAAAAAUAUCGUGCAAACAGCAAAAAGGCGACAGGUGGAGGUGAUGAGGAACGAUGGGGGCUCAGCGACCCCGUCGCUGACCUCUGUGGAGGAGGACGUGCUGCAGCACAAAGACAACCGGCUGAGGGUGGAGAUCCUUCCUGGGGGGGCUUGUAUUGAGCCACUAACUGGGUCUGACAGCUCUUUUAUUAGUGUCUCAGGCCAUCCUGUCCUCCUCCUGCCGGUCACAAAGACUGAACCAGAGAGCCUGAGCAGUGACGAGACAGACGUCAGUGACUCUCAUUUUGAAGGGGAUUUGCACAACAGCAGCUUCCAGGAGAGGGCGGACUCAGCAUGUGCUACAACCCGGGGCAGAAGUGCAGCGAGACAGACAGAAGACAUACGAGCCCUUUACUGCUGCUACCUGAAGAAGGAGAUCGAGAACCGCGACCAGCAGAUGGCAUACAGAGCACUUAAAAUGAGGAAGAUGGAGAAAGAAAUGUUAUUACUUGAUAAGCAGCUUAUGUGACUAUUUUUUUAUCUUACUAUUAUAAUAUGUUAAAAUAAUAUUUGAUUUAUUUAAGGUCAGACUAUUGUAACAAAUUGCAAUUUAAAUGUAUUUUGCAAUUGUGCAAUUUCUUAUUAUUUACACACACAAAACAUUUUCAUACAAACUGCAGUGUUGUUGUUUCCGCUCACAUUAUUGCAGUUUGUGUGAGAAAGAAUGUAACACUGGUACAUUUUUAUUUAUGAAGCCAUAUGACACAAACUGCCUCUUUAUUUAUGUUCUCUGCUGACUCCUAAAACCAUCAGUCGAUGCAACCUUUGGUCACACAGACGUCGUUCCUCUGUGGUCACACAGACGUCGUUCCUCAUUCAUCCUGGUGCGAGCUACAGUCUCCUUAAACGGGCUUAUUUUAUAAUCAUGGACGAUUUUAAUAACAGGAUCAGGGACUGUUUUGACCACUGAAUGCACAUGUCAUGUCACUGAACACUAAACACUGCCAAUGUUAUUGUUUGAUGUAAUCUGCUGUUUCAUGUGGAACUUUUUAUGCUGUUUUGUUUUAACUUUUUUUUUGCAGUUUUGUUUUUAACUCAAAAAAAAAAAAGUAGGCCCGGCUGCAAGAAGAAGAGACUGAAAGGGUGCAUGAACUUUACUUGCUUUUGGACUUCUACAAUCAUGUGUAUGGCCCUGCUCCUGCACGUUCUCUUUACACAUCCAUGCACGCAGCUUUGGGCAAAUUCAAGAUGGCGGACUGCUUAGCGACUCUUUGGGAACACAAUUUUACCUCCAACGAUUUAAAAAUAGAUCGAGGUUGUAAACCUGAAUCCUGACUUAUGAAUAGAUGCGACACCUCCGCAGAUCUGUCUCCCGAGCAGCUGACUCCACUGUGCUCGAGCUUUAAGGCAGCCAUUGGCUGACUGAGCUGCGCGCGGGCACGGUAAACAUCUGAAGACAUCCUCAAUCGAGCACUGAAAACAGGAUCCAUCAUGGCUUCAGAUAUAAUCACUCCCAUAGACUGAAUAUAUAAAUAUCUUUGUAUACAAAAGUGAUCUAUGAUCACAACUGAUAUCCGUCUGUUUUAUUUUGAACUACAACAUCUCUUUGACUGAUUCUGAAAUAGAAACUUAGACUAAUAAUAAUCGAAAAGAUACCUUGUAAUACAAAUAAAUAAGGUGUAUAAUCUUA